ACUCUGGAAUCCAUGCCAGAACUGACAGACAGGCUUCACGCCAACAGAAGAACCUGGGAUAAGACUUUCGUAAUAGACAAGCACGGCAGCAGUACUGGACGCUCGGAGAGCAGCCUGGCCAGUGGGCAGUCUGGAGAUCCUGCAUCCCUGGACAUCAACGUGUGUGACCACACAGGGCGAGUUAGGAUCAAGAAGAGGCAUUUUUGUCUGCCUGCCAGCUGGACCAAGCCAGAAGAGUUCCUCAAACUACCCAGCAGGAGCAAACACAACCAGAUGCAGAGCAACAGUUCCUCUACGCAGAUGGGUACGGAGGAGAUCCUGGCCUGCAGGGCUAUCGGGGAGUGUGGCAAUCCUGCAGAGAGGAAAGUUCUCGACCUCAAACGAUGGUACUGCAUCAGCCGUCCCCAGUACAAGUCAUCAUGCGGUGUUUCUUCUGUUGUCUCCUGUUUCAACUUUUUGUUCUCCACUUUGGGCCAUGGAAGACUGAAACCUGUAACACAGGAAUCGGCCAUGAAGCUGUUUGGAUUUACUUCCCCGUUUGAUGAAAUCAGUUUUGGUCCAAUAACAGGAAAUACAACUCUCUUGCGGUGGUUCAGUGAACUGUGCUCUCAUUUCAACGUAAACGGCCAGGGUUUUAUCAUGUACAAGCCAAGUGGAACACACCAGACAGAAGGUGUGACAGAUGAGAUGGCUUUGGACUUUCUCAAGAAAGGAUUGAAGGAUACGAACACAGCUUUCAUUUACCAUUGUCAUAAUCAUUAUUUCUGUCCAAUUGGAUAUGAGGAUACUCCCUAUUUCUGUGUGGAUGCCUACAGUGGUGAUGUCGGGAACAGUUCUGAAUGCUGGGUAAUGAUUGGCGACACAAGCAGGAAGUAUCCAUCCAUACAUAGUAUCAGCUGGGACCAAAUCUGCCAAGACCUCAGCUGCAAGUCCCCCAACUACAUUAACAUCCGUCAGACCUGGAAAGGAAUCCAACAGCUGAAGAACUCGAAGACCUGUGCCUGCAGCGAGAACCUCCACUGCCUCUUGGCUUUCCAGAAAGUCCACAGUGAAGCACCAACAUCAUCCAACUCCCAAGCAUCCUCCACAAGCACUUCAGCCUUGACCAAUCCAUCACAUCUUCCAGCCAGUUCCCCUUGCCCGCGUCCAUUAAUCUCCUCUUCCCCAACAGCAAAUGCUCAUUCUAAAGUUGAUGCUCAUCGGCCUGAACUCGGAGACCAUUUCGAACCUGGGGACCAUGAAGAAGAAAUUACAGUGUCUUUACAACUUAACAGAUUACAGAGUCUCUACAACUUAACAGAUUACAGAGUCUCUACAACUUAA